AGACAGUCAACAUCCCAUGGGUAAAAAAUACUCAGGUUGAAAAAGUUAUUUUAGGAAGGAAGCUGUGGCGUGAAAGUUCACUCCAGGUGAACCUCAGCGGGGGUUCAAUUAAAGUGUUUUUGGUUUUAAGAUUUUAUUUUCUGCAGCAUUAGCAGGGAGAGUAACCUUUGUGCUUUCAAAACAAAGAAAACAAUCUUUAAAUCCUGUAUUUUACUGGUAACCAGUGAAUAUAGGCCUUUACCGGACAAGUAUUACUGGUGAAUUCUGAACCAACUACAGGUCAAUAGGACUGACUGAUUCCUAACACAAUCAAAUGGUUGGUGUAGAAGAAAAAGUUCAAAGUAAAAUGAGGAAGCGAGACACUGAAGUGUGUAGCUUCGGCUUCCUGACUGUUUAGAUAUUUAGAGACUAGAAGCAGUGAAGUGAUCUCCUGCAGUUUAUUUCUCCUACUGAAUUAACUUCAGAAUGAAUAUCCACUGUCUCCUCUUCUACUGCUGCUUCUUCUUCUCAGCGCUGUGUAGCGGUGGGCUCAUCAGUGCAAAAACAAUCACCCACACAGAAGGAGGCAGUAUCACUGUGGAGUGCUCCUUCUCUUUAUCUGGAAGAAAAAAGUUUCUCUGUAAGGACAAAUGCGAAGAAGGAGACGUUCUCAUUGAAACAGAAGACGACGCAGCUCAAAGGGGCCGAUACAGCAUCCAGUAUGAAGAGGGAUCUUUUCCAGUAUCGUCUACAGUUCUGUAUGUGAGCUUCACAGAGCUGACAAAGUCCGACUCUGGACGAUACUCGUGUGGUUUAGAACGGCCUCUCUUACCAGACUCAUAUCAGGAGUUUGAAGUCAGAGUUAUAGAUGCCUUGAAGACUUUCCCCGAGACACUGAGGCAGGUUGAACAGCAGCAGACUGACGAAACAGCUCAGGCUCUUAGCUUUAAAGCUCAUGUCCUGCCUCUGGUCACAUGUGUCACUGUGCUGUUUGCUGCUGUUGUGUUGCUCUUCUACAAAUGGAUCAGAAUAAGGGAGACUGAUGGUUUGACCACCAGGAGGCAGUCAGACACAAAGAACAACACAAGCAGAAACCUGGAGUUUCCCACAUGCAGGAAGUGCUCUCCAGUCUCUAGAUGUGCAGACUUCACCUCCCCAGUGGAUGAAACCUGCAGCAAUCAGAAUAAAAUCUACUGUAACCUCUAA